ACGUCCAUAAACCCCAGAACUGACCUCCUCCCAGUACCUCGCCGCCGCCGCCGCUUCCCACCCCUCCCGCCAUGGCGAAAUCGUCAUCGUCAUCGCCGACGGCGACCGCGUCUGCCUCUAAGAAGCGGCGUUCCAGAGGCGGGACCGCAACCCUAGAUGAGGUGAAGAAGCUGGGAACCGAGCUCCUUUCCUCGCGCGCGCACCUCAACCACGCCCCCGCCCUCCUCGCUCUUCUCUCCCCCACCGCACCGCUCGACCUCGCUCUCGAGGCGCUCAUCUCGCUCCAGUCCUUCUUCGUACCACUCAUCCCAUCCAUCCCCUCCGCCUCUGCGGCAGCCACCGCGGGGGAUGCGGGCAGCGACCCCGAGCUCGUGUUUGGAGCCUGGCUGCGGCAGCGGUUCGACGAGCUCGUCGCGGCGCUGGUGGAGCUCAGCGUGUCUCCACACAGCGAUGACGCGAUCAGGGAUGUAGCACUGGAUGCUCUCAUGGAUUUUGUGAAGCUGGGGAAGGACGGGAAGUUCCAAUCGGCAAUUUACCACAAGUUUCUCUACGCUGUCGUUCAUGCUGCUGAUCCUAUUGAUACGUUGUUAGAGCUGCUUGGAUCAAAGUACUUCAAAUACACUGAUGUUUGUUACUUUACGUACACUAGCUUAGACAAGAUCGCCAACAGUCUGGGCAGUAAAAUCACUGGCUCUGGAAAAGAUGCCUUGCAAAGUGGAAGUGGCGGGUCAGAAAAUAGUAGUAUUUUUGUACACAACAUAUACAAUCUUUUGGCACAUGUUCCUUCAAUGGAUUUUCAAAAGGAAUCAACAUUUGAUAUGUGGAGUACUGUUGGGCUGUCUUCUAAAGGAGAAAAGGACUCUUCCAAGGACACUUCUACUCACAUCAAGAAAAAAUUACAAUUGAAGUUCACUAAAGCAUGGCUGUCUUUUCUCAAGUUACCACUGCCGCUUGAUGUGUAUAAGGAGGUCCUUGCUUCAAUUCAUCAAAAUGUCAUUCCUUCAAUGUCAAACCCUUCCAUCUUAUGUGAUUUCUUGACUAGAUCAUAUGAUAUUGGUGGUGUUAUCAGUGUGAUGGCCUUAAGUGGCCUUUUCAUUCUUAUGACGCAACACGGUCUGGAGUAUCCAAAAUUCUAUGAAAAGCUUUAUGCACUACUUACUCCUGCUGUUUUCAUGGCAAAACACCGGUCAGUGUUCUUGCAACUUCUUGACACAUGCCUGAAAUCUUCUUAUCUUCCUGCAUAUCUUGCUGCUGCAUUUGCAAAAAGAUUGAGUAGACUUGCUCUUUCAGUUCCUCCAGCUGGAGCUCUUAUUAUUAUUGCUUUAAUUCAUAAUCUGCUGCGGAGACAUCCCUCAGUUAAUUUUUUGGUCCAUUGGGAGGUUGAUGAGAGUAAUGCCACAGGAGAAGCUAGUCAAUCUAAGAAGAUCGGUGCUGAUCCUUUUAACAAUAAUGAGGCAGACCCUGCAAAAUCUGGUGCAAUGCGAAGUUCUUUGUGGGAAAUAGACACGCUUCGCCAUCAUUACUCUCCUGCAGUUUCUAGAUUUGUCGCAUCACUUGAGGAGGAUCUCACUGUCAGGGCCAAAACUACUGAGAUGAAAAUAACAGACUUCAGUUCAGGUUCCUAUGCAACAGUUUUCAGGGACGAGGUACGUCGGCGGAUAAAACAGGUCCCCCUUGCAUUCUACAGAACCACACCAACUUCGUUAUUUCUAGGAUCAGAUUUUCCUGGAUGGACCUUUGGGGGCCAACACAAUAGCACCGUAGAAACUAUUGUAGAGGGCAAUGAAAAAAUCGAGGUGGUAGGGGCUAGCGACAGCACACCUUCCAAACGGUUGCGGAUGGAGGCCUGUUCAGCAGGAGGAUGGACUCUUAAAGAAUACCCCAGCUAUCCUUUGGAAUCAGGACUAAACAUGAAGUUCAUGCUCCAUAUUUUGAGCAUCUUCUGCUGUUUGUGUUCCUGUGCACUUGGACAAAACAUUUCUGUGAGACCCAGUGUUGUAAACAUUGGAGCUCUUUUUACAUUCAGUUCGACAAAUGGAAGAGCUGCCAAGGUUGCCAUCGCUGCUGCAGUCAAUGACAUCAACAAAGAUCCAAGUGUUCUUCGGGGAACAAAGCUGGUUGUUCAGAUGCAAGAUACCAACUACAGUGGUUUCAUCGGCAUUGUUCAAGCCUUGCAAUUCAUGGAGAAAGAUACAAUUGCAAUCAUCGGGCCACAAUCUUCAGUUGUUGCACACGUCAUAUCCCAUGUUGCAAAUGAACUCCAAGUACCUUUGAUGUCCUUUGCUGCAACUGAUCCGACUCUGACACCACUUCAGUAUCCUUUCUUUGUGCGUACCGUUCAUAGUGAUCAAUUUCAAAUGGCUUCCGUUGCUAGCUUAAUUGAUUACUACGGGUGGAAGAUGGUGACAGCCGUAUAUAUUGAUGACGAUUAUGGAAGAAAUGGCAUAUCCUCCUUAGAUGAUGAGCUUGCCAAGAGGAGAUUGAAGAUCUUGUAUAAGGCUGCAAUUAGGCCAGGAGCAAAAAAGAGUGAAAUGGCUGCUGUGCUAGUCAAGGCUGCAAUGAUGGAGUCCCGGGUUUUUGUACUGCAUGCACAUGAUGAUUCUGGAAUUGACGUGUUCUCACUAGCAUAUAACCUUAGCAUGACAUCCGGUGGAUAUGUGUGGAUUGCAACAGAUUGGCUCACUGCAUACCUCGAUUCAGCUCCUCGUCUUGAAAGUGGAUUACUGAGCACAAUGCAGGGUGUUCUCACAUUGCGUCAGCACACAGAAAACACCGAUAGGAAGAAGACAUUAGUUUCACAAUGGAGUAAACUGGUGAAGGAGGAUAGUGGCAGCAGUGGCAGCUUGCCCAAUUCAUAUGGCCUUUAUGCUUAUGACACUGUCUGGAUGCUUGCUCAUGGGUUGGAUGCAUUUUUCAAUAGUGGCGGAAACAUUUCCUUCUCUCCAGACCCCAGACUGCGUGCAGUUGCAGGAGGAGCUUUGAAUCUGGACGCAUUGAGCGUCUUUGAUGAGGGGAUGCUAUUACUAGAAAAGAUCCGCAAAGUAAAUUUCAUGGGUGCAACUGGCACCGUAAAGUUGGAUUCAGAUGGUAAUCUUAUCCUGCCUGCAUAUGACAUUGUGAACAUAAUAGGGUCUGGUUUGCGGACAAUUGGUUAUUGGUCCAACUAUUCUGGGCUGUCUAUUGUGUCUCCUGAGACUCUAUACAAGAAACCAUUCAAUGUCAGUGCAAAUCAGGAACUCCACUCUGCAAUCUGGCCAGGUGAGACUGUAACGAAGCCCCGGGGAUGGGUGUUCCCUAACAAUGGAAAUGAGCUGAGAAUUGGAGUUCCCGAUAGGGUAAGUUACCGUCAAUUUGUAUCAGUUGACAAUCAAACUGAAACGGUGGGAGGUUUCUGUAUUGAUGUGUUUGCUGCUGCAAUAAACCUGUUGCAAUACCCAGUUACAUAUAGGUUUAUACCUUUUGGCAAUGGCCGUGAGAAUCCAAGCUACACAGAACUUAUCAGUCAAAUUGUGACGAAUGGAUUUGAUGCUGUUGUUGGGGAUGUAGCUAUUGUCACAAAUCGGACAAAAGUUGUUGAUUUCACCCAACCAUACGUUGGUUCUGGGCUUGUCAUACUUACCGCUGUUAAGACACAGAGCUCGAAUGGAUGGGCUUUCCUGCAGCCAUUUACAAUCAGAAUGUGGUCUGUGACAGGAGUUUUCUUUCUGAUCAUAGGAACAGUGAUUUGGUUGCUCGAGCACAGAAUCAAUGAUGAGUUCCGCGGUCCUCCAGCGAAACAGGUUAUUACUGUUUUCUGGUUCAGUUUCUCAACUCUGUUCUUUGCCCACAGAGAGGACACCAGGAGCACGCUCGGCCGCUUCGUGAUCCUCAUCUGGCUGUUCGUAGUCCUGAUCAUCCAGUCCAGCUACACCGCGAGCCUGACCUCCAUCCUCACCGUGCAGCAGCUGACGUCCCCGAUCACGGGCAUCGACAACUUGAUCGCCAGCGACGAGCCCAUCGGGUUCCAGGUCGGGUCCUUCGCGGAGAGCUACCUGGUGCACGAGCUGGGCGUCUCCCCGUCGAGGCUCAAGGCGCUCGGCACCCCGGACGAGUACAAGCAGGCGCUAGACCUCGGCCCUCGCAAGGGAGGCGUCGUGGCCAUCGUCGACGAGCGUCCGUACGUCGAGCUCUUCCUGCUCCAGCACGACAAGGUCGCGAUCGUCGGCGCGGAGUUCACCAAAAGCGGCUGGGGCUUCGCGUUCCCGCGGGACUCGCAGCUGGCCGUGGACAUGUCGACGGCGAUCCUGUCGCUGUCGGAGAACGGCGACCUGCAGAGGAUCCACGACAAGUGGCUAUCGAACGGGGCGUCGCAGUCCACGGCCGACCUGGAGCCGGCGGAACGGCUGCGGGUGCAGAGCUUCUCGGCGCUGUUCCUCAUCUGCGGCGUGGCGUGCCUCGCGGCGCUGGCCAUCCACGGCUGCAUCCUGGUCCGUCAGUACUCGCUCCACGUGGCGUCCCUGCCGCCCCCGGCCGCGGUGGCCACGGGCGGCGACGGCGCCAUCUCCCGCUCCCGCCGCAGCAGCAUCCGCGCGUUCCUGUCCUUCGCCGACCGCCGGGAGACGCAGUCGUCCCUGAAGGGGAGCUGCAAGGACCCCGCGGCGCUGGGAGGGUCCAGCGGCAGCUCCAGCAACGGCGUCAGCAGCUUCACGUCGAGCAAUAAUACCAGCAUGUCGAGGUAGUACGCACGGCACGAUACGGCGAUGCCUCACCAACAGCUAGUACGGUACAUGUACAUGUACGCGCGCCAAGGCCGUAGAUGCAUGCAGCAGCCGUGUACGUAGAUGGUCGUAGCGACAUUGAUUCCGUUUUCACCGUCUGGUGUCGGUGCACCAACGGGUCCGUCCUGGCCUCCUGGGUGUAGUGAAUUUGGAUCUCCGUGUGCCGCGGAAUUGUAUAGAUGCGUAAAGCAGCGCACAUGGGGGGUAGGGCCUCCUUAAUUUGCCGCACAUGUUGGGGGGGAUUAAUGUCGGAUCCUAGGCGUGUGAUUAAGAAAGCUACCAGUAAUCCAGUAUAAGUAGUACGUAGUACACUGGUGAAAUACAUGGUUUUUUACAAACCCGUCACGGCGGUGCGACGCGAGUCCAGCGUAGCGGAGCCGCCCUCGGCAGCCUUGGUUUCUGGCCGCGCCAGUGCCGUGCCGUGCCGUGCCGUGCCGAGUGUCCCCCACAACCACAAGAACCUCGGGGACGGGGGCGGAAAGCGUCCGCCGGGGCUCGUGCCGGGUGCCGGAUCGAGGGCGCGAAGGCGCCGAGAAUCUUUGGCCGCGCUCGAUGGGCGAUGGCACGGCAAAAGAUUGGCAGUUUGUUGAGCACUCGAGCGGGCGGGCGUCCGCCGUCCGGUGACCCAGCACGCGAACUGGCAACCAGGAAGUCCCAGCAACCUGUCGCGCGCGGGACAUUUCACAUUCCGUCCGUCGGCUACUCGGUUGUUGGGCCGUCACCAUCUGCUGCUGGAGGCUGCAUCGAAGGCCCCAUCCCCAUUUGCUCCGUUUGAAUCUUGUUUCGUUCCUCCGUUUCUUGUGUAAAAACGGAACCGAUUUUCGUUU